AUGCAAGGGCUUGAACAAGGGGGAGGAGAGGAAGGGAGAGAGGAGAGGAAGGGAGAGAGAGGAAGGGAGAGAGAGGAGAGAGGCAGGGAGAGAGGAGAGAGAGAGAGGGGAGAGGAAGGGAGAGAGAGGAGAGGAAGGGAGAGAGAGAGGAAAGAGGAAAGGAAGGGAGGCAGGGAGAGAGGCAGGGAGAGAGGAGAGGAAGGGAGAGAGAGGAAGGGAGAGAGAGGAGAGAGAGAGGAGAGAGAGAGGAGAGAGAGAGGAGAGAGAGAGGAGAGAGAGAGGAAGGGAGAGAGGAGAGAGGAAGGGAGAGAGAGGGGAGGAAGGGAGAGAGAGGAGAGGAGGGAGAGGAGAGAGGAGGGAGAGAGAGCAGAGAUGGGAGGAGAGGAGAGGAAGGGAGAGGAGAGAAGGAAGGGAGAGGAGAGGAGGGAGAGGAGAGGAAGGGAGAGGAGAGGAGGGAGAGGAGAGGGAGGAGAGGGAGAGGUGGAGAGGAGAGGAGAGGAAGGGAGAGGAGAGGAGAGGAAGGGAGAGGAGAGGAAGGGAGAGGAAAAAAGGGAGAGGAGAGGAAGGGAGAGAGAGAGAGAGCGAGAGAGGAAGGAAGGGAGGGAGAAAGAGGAGGGAGAGGAGAGGGAGAGAAGGGAGAGAGGAGAGGGAGAGGAAGAAUGA